GGCCAGGAGGAGGAGAGUGGGAGUAAAGAGUUGGGGCCAGUGUGUGUGUAUGUGUGUGUGAUGUGCAGGGAUUGUUUAUUACUGUUCUGAACGUCUGGACUCAGGCCCCGGUGAUAUACGCUAACUGCAAGAGACGCAGAGAAGCCCUGAGGGAUGAAGGAGAGUAUGGAGACAACAGUACUCGUGAUUCUGUCUUUGGUCCUCUGCCAUCUGUCCAUAUCUGCUGCCCUGCACUGGAGGAAAGCACUGUACCCGUCUGCCUUCAGAGUGAAGAGAGGAACUCCAACUCUCCUGAACCCCUCCAUUCAGAGAUCCGUGGAGGACACCAACUUGCUCUAUGAGGCGCUGUGGACAGGGCUGUACAUGGACGCAGGAGAGGGUGUGCUUCGUGUGGCUGAUGAGGAGUUGGCAUCUCUGCGGCAGCUGCAGCCUCUGGAGGUGGUGUGUGAGGACAUUCUUCCGAGAACACUAUCAGACAUCCGCCGCCUCUGUCACCAACUGGAACAGCGCCGGGGACACCUAAGCAGAGAGGACUUUGAGCGUACCGUGCUCACUAUGGUCUACACAGCUCAGAAACUUGCACAAGCAACUCCAGGCCACCAGAAGGAGCUGUGGGAGGAUGCCUUUGUGCAGCUUUACAAAGCCAUUAAAAGAGAUCUGAGAGCAGAGUAAGGACUGUACAUUUGAAGACUGUUUGGAACCCUUUUUAUUUGGAAUAAAUGAACAUUCAGUUUGACAUUUAAUUGAGCAAUGCAUUUUAUUUUUGUUGAGUUUGUAUAAGAACUGUUUCAGAAGCUCAUAAUAUGUGUAUAUGCGGAAUAAAUCAUUGGAUAGUGACAUUGCAAUCAGAUUUCAGUUGUAGAUUCAAUGUAAUCUGUAACAUGUCAAGUCACAUUGAGGUACUUUUCAAAGAUUUGUUUUUUGUCCCCACCAGUACGUUAUCUACCGUGGGCAAAUAUUUGGACAUUUGUGCCAUACUUAAAAUUGUAUUAUUUUUUGUUGUCAAGUUUGUUCAAGAAACAAAAUGUAAAACUAAGUAGCAUUUAUUUUUCAACUUUUUUUGGCAAAGUGUUCUUUAAAAGGUGGCUGGUGUGUUCAGACACUUCCAUCUCUGUGAUUUACAGUACUUUUAGUGCAGGAUGGCUGGAAUUCCUCUCUAGAAUUUCUCCACACAAAAAGUCUAUCAUCAGUUUGAUGUUGUUUUAAAAGUGUAUAUCUCUGAAACACAUAUCAUUUCAUGAACAUUUUAUGAAAUAUGUCCAAAUACUUUUUUGGGCUACUGUAUAUUCGUUAUUGUGACAUUAGUGUGCUUCCCGACCCCAAGAACACCAAAGACAUCUUUGACCCUGAGUGCAAAGAGUGUCUGUUCCUAUAUGCAAAGUUCUUAUGGUGCUCCACUGUGUAAGGCACAUUGUUUUAUCUUCUAUGAUGUUCAAUCUAUUUCAUUUGUUCCCCUCUAUAGUGGGCAUGUGAUGGAAAGAAGAGUCUGAACCUGCUCACUCUCUAGCUCUGCUUGCAUCCUUGCACUGUGUCUGGCUUAUGUAUGUGUUACACUAUUGGUCUAUAUGUAUUAUGUAAUAUAUACAGUCUUUAUUUCUGUGUACAUCAUGAUAACAAUAUUAAUGCAGAAAGCGGUCAAGGCUUAUUUUAAGUCUUGAAAAUAAUGACAAACCAAUUCAUAUACUAAAUGUAUUACUAUAGCUAGGCAUUUUAACAUAAAAUAACCUCAUUACAUC